AAUUUUUAGCAACUGCAACAAACAAGUACUAUCAAAAAACGUACUCUAUUUUAACUUUGCUUAUGACCACGCAGUAACUAAAAAUGAAGCGGAAAGCAUCCAGGGCACCUGGGUACGAACAACCUGCCAAACUGAGUAAAGAAGCUACCAAGAACACUGUCACUGAAGAGCUAAGCAAGUUAAAACAUGAAACAACUGUUAAAAAAGCACCGCUUGAGCCUCUCAGACUGGCAUCCUUCAGACAAAGGAAAGCUCCAGCUUGGCUCUCUUCUUAUGUUACUAACUCAACAACCAAAGAGGCACCUAAACCCUCAAUGCCCAAAUUUCCAACUCUUGUACCACCCAGUAAGAGAAAAUUAGCAGAGCAAACUCCUAAGCUAGAUAACACAAUAAAAAAAGCAACUGAAAACUCCUCAUCACUAACUGAACAUCCACCGUCAUUAAGGCGAGAUUCCACAUUAAAACUUGAAGACUUAUCAUCACCGCUUGCUGUUAAGUCAAAAACCAUACAAAAAUUGCCGUCAAAAGUAUCAUUAACUAAAAAUUCGACUCAAAUCUUAAGUUCCUCUAAUGACAACUCGAUAGAAGUAAAAUCUCUUGAAAACAAGACAACUGAUUCAUCAACCAUCAAACCUCCAGCAACAAAGCAAGUCACAUCAAACUCCUUGACCAAAGAAAAACACCCUGUUAAACCAGCAGAGUCCAGUAUUCAGAACUUAAAUGUAAAUCAAGAAGAGUUCAGUCCUAAUGUUGUAGAAUUAUGUGACACCAAAGAUACAUCUCUCCUAGAUACUCAACAUGAUAAAGAACUAACUCCUCCAGCAGAGGUAGGGAAACCAACAAUGCUUGAAGUAGUCAUCUGCAUUAGUACCUCUGGUGCCAUGAGAGAGUAUCUUGAGGUUCUGCAAGAUAAGACUAGAGAGAUGGUUUGGCGUCUUCAAUCUCUAAUACCUAACCUGCGAAUUGGGGUCUUUGCCCACACACAAGGUGGUAUCCAUGAUGACAAGAUGGCUAACAGGAGUGGUGUCACUGACCAUAACUACAUUAGAACUGGUGGACAUAGUGGAACCAAGUGGAUUGAUUUGGGUGCUACAUAUUCACAAAUUUGUGCUUUUGUUGGAAGUUUGGAACCAGAGGCAACUGUUUACCCAGACUAUGUCCAAGACAACUUAGAAAUGGCAUUAUGGAAACUACAGAGGUGUAUGACUUGGAGCUCUUGCAGCUAUCGUACAAUUUUGAUGCUGGGGCGAGGCAGACCAAAUACAACCAGCUUCUACUUACAGAGAGAGCAUUGGAGAGGUUGGAUCAGAUCAGCUCUAGAAAUCAGUCGAAAAACUGAGAUUCCUGUUAUUGAUUGGGAGCUUGAAGCAAAGCUACUGGCACAAAUGGGAAUCCAUGUUUUUACUGUUCAAGCUUCUGGUCCACCCAACCCUGCUGACAAGGAAGAGGAUGGAGGGACGACAUUUUUUAAACGGGUGGCUGAGAUAACUAAUGGACAACACAUCAAGUUACCUGAUGCAUCCAAACUUGUUGAUGUUCUAGUUGGAGUGUUUUGUGCCUGCUACGGACCUGAUUUACUGCAGGAGCAUCGUGACACACUGAGGGAUGAGAACGAUGGGGUUGUCCCCACCCAGCUGAAGGACAUCUUCAUCUCCCUGCAGCUCCACAGCAAGCGCAGGUCACUCUCUACAGUACCCGCUGUUAUAGGGGACCUCACCAUUUUAAAACGCCAAAUGGAAAAGUCUGAAGCCAAUGGUACAGUCAGUGGCUCUGAAGAGGAAAUGUCAGGUGAUGAGGAGGAGCAGUUGACUGAGAUUAGCACUACAGAAAAAACAAAAAAUGAUGCAGCAGCAUCUAGUAAGGCCAACAAAAAAAUCAGUGCAAAUAAAAAGUUAAAAACUGCUAAAACAUUAAACUCAGUUAAACAAGGAAGGGUGGUGAAGACAACUAAAAAAUUAGAUAAAAAUACUAAGCAAUUAGUGAAGAAAGCAAUCAAGUUGAAAUCUAGUUUGAAAAACAAAAAAGAUAAAGAAAGUGCUAAAAUUAAACUCCCUAAAACAAUCAAAGCUAAAAAAGUGAUUAAACAAGAUUCAGGGAGUGAUAAAAUUACUAAAAGUAAAACCCCCAAAACUAAUUCUGCUAAUAAACUUAAACUUACUUCUAAAGGGAAGGCCACUCCAAAAAAGACCGAUAUUACUAAAGCAAAAUCGACACAGAAGAAAACACCAGCAAAAGCUAAGAAUGUCUCUUUAAAUAAAAAAUUAAAGACAACGCCAAAAUCAAAUACUAAAGGCAAAAAGAAUACUCAAGGUAGUAGCAAAAAGGCAGCUACCCCUAAAGCAGUUAAAAAAGCUUUGCUCAAAAUGAAAAAAACCAAAGCUAAUAGCUCUAAGUCUAAGUUAUUAACAAAAAAAUGUCAAAAUAAAAAAUUGAGAUUACAAAUAAGGUUGUAAAAGGAAGUAAAAAUGGUUGGAGUAGAAUAUAUGUCCUUUGAAACUAAUUUAAUGCAGCGGUGCCUCACUUUGUAAAAAUAUUUAUUUGCUUAUAAUUCCUGUUGUUGUGUUAGCAUAAGUUUCCAAGGUUCCUUUUAAAAGUUGAAAUUAAUAGAACUGAGAUCAUUUUCAUUUUUUUUUUGUAAACAAUUUUUUCACACCAAAUCCAACAUUUUCACCAUAAGGUUUGGCAAAACAUUCCAUUUAAAAUGCUUGAAUUUUUGCAAUAAUUUUUCCUACAGGGGGCUCGCAGUGUAUCCUUGAUUGUGUGACUUAUAUUUUUAGUAUGCUUAUAGAUUUGUUUUUUUCUCAUAAUUACAUUUAUUUUGCUUCAUUUGAUACAUUAUUCUGCUGGUAGCUGACCAUAAGGAAUACCCAUCCCCAAUAUUGUUAAUGUUAUCAAAUUAUUUUUACAUUAUUUUUCAUUAUGAUAGGCUAAUCCUAUCAUUGGUAACACUUUAAAAAAACGUGUUUGAAUGAGCAAGUUAAAAAUAAAAUAAAUGAAUUAUAUUUGUUGUUAUAGAAAAUUUUUCCUAGGAAUUGUAGUAAAUGUUUUAGUGCAUAAAAAAUUGCUUGGUUUUUAAAAGUUAUGUGACUGUUAACUAUGUUUGUAUGUAUUAUUUAAAUUAAUGAUGUAGCUGGACUUGGUGUGAUCAUGCACAAUUUCUUUACAUACCCUGAAAAGGCUUUUUUUAAUCUUUGCACUCUAAGUUCUUAAAGAAUGUUUUAUACAAGUCUACUAUACACUUGUAUGUACACUGGUGUUAUUUUUUAAAUGUAAGUGAUGGAAACGUUAAUGUAAUUGUGUGUAAUAUUUUUAAAAAAAAUUUAAAAACUCAUCAUUGAUAAAAACAAUGGAUAUAUAAAUUUAUAAAGGCUCUUUAACUGUGAUCUUAUUUGUAUAUUGACUUAACCAACAAAGCUAGUCUUAAAGUACAAUGUGACUCAACACAUAUUUCUAAAUUUAUUAUAAUUGUUUUUAAAAGUCUUGAGAAAACUAAUGAAAAGUGUUUUUUUAAAUAGGAUUUUAGUCUGUAAAACUUUAUUAAUAAUUAAGUGCCUUAGCUAAAGUUAUCUUGUGUUUGAAUGUAUCAAUGAAAUGUGAUAUUACUAUCAGAUGUUUACUAUUCCCAUAAACAUUUACAGAAUAUUGUUUUUCAAAUAUGAAUUGUUUAAGUUUUUUCUAACUGGCCUGCUACAAGCUUCUGACUAGUUCUAUAAUGAAUUGAUAAUGCAAUAAAUAUUGAGGAACUACUUAUAACAUUGUAAGUUAUUUUUAAUUUAUUAAAAUGUUUUAACAGCUUUUAUUAAUUAGAAGUUUGUGACUGUUAUGAACUUUAUUAAUCCAUUGUUUCAAUAUUUUUAAAAUAUAAAAUAUAUUUAUAUAUAUAAAUUUAUAUAUUUAUAAUUUAUGCUAUUUAUAUCCACACAAUUAAUUUCACUAACCUUGUUUUUUUAUGUUUUUUUUAACAAUAUUUCUUAUAGUCCAUUGUAGAAAUAGAAGUGUAGAAAUAAAAUCAGACAGUUUGAAAAAAUACCCUGCUCAUUGAUAUUAAUUCAAUUUGGACAAUUUUUGGUAAAUUCUGUUAGAUAUUUUUAAAUGAUUUAUGUCAAAAAAGUAUAAUCUAUAGCUCACCAAUUAUAAUUCUAUUAAAAUAAAAUAUUCAACAUUAACUGGUAACAUUAAGUUCAAAUAUUUAUUUUUAGAAAGUUGUAGAUAUGUACAGACAGUACAACUGUCACUUAACUUUGUACAUUGUAUAUGAGUAGUACUGGUACUCUUAGAACACAGUGCUGUAAUAUUUUCUGUUUCAUCUUUCAACUUGUAUUAGUAUUAUAUUUUUAUUUGUACUGUGGCACCACCACCGUAGUUACAUUUUAGCUUAGAAUUUUGACCUGUUGUUUCACUGGAUAAAACUAAAUUGUUAUAAAAAUAUUUGAUGGCUUAGCCUGCCAUUUGAUGAAUACUAUUCAUAUAAUGAUUUGUUAGAAAUGUAUUGGUACUGUUUGUAUUGACUAAUCGACUGCCUUGUUUGCACGUUACAUGACAGUUUUCUAAAUGGUUUUUUAAUUCAGUUCAAGUUUUCAAACAACUGUUACUUUUUCAUAAAAGCCCUAGUUUAAAAGAGGUGUAAAAAAUGUAAUUCAUUAUUAGCAAACUGAAUUUUUGCUCAUGCUUUAUUUUAACUACUUUCUUUUUAAAUAUCAGCUUUAACAGUGUGUAGUAGUUAAAAAGUCAUGUAGUUACUUGACUGAUAUGUAGAUGCUAGUCAGUGUUUUUAUAUUUUAUCACCUUAGAUAAAAGUAAAUGGUACAACCCAUGUAAGAGAAUCUAUUUAUUUAACACUACAUUGUUUUAUAUCUGUGCAUAUAGCAUAGCUUAAGAUUGUAUGUAUUGGAUUUACAUUGCAAAUUGAGGCUGUGGUUUUAUUCCUUUGUUCAUACUCUUUUAAAAGAUUUUCAUUACACAACAGCACUUUUUAAAAAUUGUAUAUCUUAUUUGUUAUUGCAACAACAUGUUGGUUUACUUCUUUUAAUGUGGCUUUGAUUUGGAAAAAAAAUUAUUUCAUAUAAAACUUUUUUUCAUCUGGUGAUGUAGCUUUUUUUUUCAAUUUGAGACGAGAACCUGCUCUAUAAAUGGUUGUAGGGUGGUAAAGUUUGCGCUUGUGGGCUGGGUGAUGCGAGUGUCAGAAUUUGACUCCAUCAUCAUGUCCCUGGCUGAGAGGAAUCACAUUGUGAAUGCACUAAAUAUAUUCAGGUGUGUCAUGUGUCAGCGUGCAAUGGCCACAGUUUAAAUUCUUUAAGUUAGAAGCAUUCAAAGGCAGCAAUAAUCAUCAUUCAUCUAUGACACAACUUGAGCUGAAACACCUUACAAUAUUUUGGUACAGUUUGAUUUUUUACCUCACCAUUACAGCAGUCACUGGUGUACUAAAGUUUUAUGUGUAAUCACUUAAGUCAUCUCAUGCUAUUGAUUUGUGUUAAAAUGCUGAUUGUCAAUGUUUUCUUGGUCACAUGAUUCAGAUUUGUCCAGAGUACUUGUUGCAGUCUGGUUUUUUUUGUCCACUGUGAAACAUUUAUGUAAUUAAUAUACAAUAAAAAUAAAUUU